GUGAGGGUGUGCUGAUCGGGAAGCAGUUGGUAGAGCGCGUUGUGCCAUACAGCACUGCGACACCCCGCGUCGGCCGCAGUUCUCGGGGUGGCAGAUAUAAUCGCAGCCCAGUGCCGAACUCGGCACAUCGUCGAACGCCUGGGGCCGAGUGGAUGCUUCCCUCAAGACACUCGAGUGCGCGAAAGAGAAAGCAGGAAGAACUCGAUGAAAUUAUGGGGAGUAAGAGCCGUCGCAAGCGGGGACGUUCGUUGCUUUCGUCUGACGAGGAGGACGAAGCUGGUGACGAGGAUGAAUUAUUCCAGACCAGAGUUUCCAUUUGUUCCAACGGAGGCACCAACCAGACUGAGCAAAACCUCGCAGUUUCAUCUGUCCACCAUCAGGACAUCGACCCAGCCAGAAAAAGUCUGGUUUUUGACGACACGGAGGAAGACGACAUUGAAAUGCAGCCUGUGCAGCAACAGGACAGUGCAUUCGGGUCCGCGUCUCUCCGUAAGGGAACGAAAGCGUCUCGGAAGCCUUCAGGUAUUCCUUCAUCAGGAUCCAAGAAACACUCCGCUUUGUUCGCCCGCGGUGGCGUCUUUGGGCGCGGCGCAACCAUCCGCGGUCGCGACCGCACAGCCGUGGUCAUACCUCGAAGUGAGGGAAAACAGGUGUCCAGUGCCAAACGCGUGCUAAACUUACGGGAAGAUGAGGAUAUGGAUUUACUGGACGCACACCAUCCGCCUAUGCAUGACAGCGGUAUGUGUCCUCCCUCAAGUGUUGGACCUUCUGCUAUGAUGCCGGGGGGUAUAACAAACGCAUCUGCAGCAACUUUUUCUAGCUCUCCUUCCCUCGCACCAGGCUCGUCUUCGUCUACUUUAUUUGGUACUACCUUUACUUGCUCGAUCUCGCUCUCGGGAGAGCCACAGGAGCACCACGAACCCGGAGGUCACAUCAUCGAACUAACAACCGGAGAGACAGUGUCAUCUCGUCUGUUUGAAGACGAUUUAGUGGUGCCGCCCGGGAGUAAUGGGGCAGAGCGGGAGAGUACCUCCAGCAUGGACGUUGAUGAAGGCGCCAAACCGUCCUUGUUUUCUCACCAGGCGGCUCCCGUCAAAUCUGUAUCUGCGCGAGAGGAAGUCCCACCCACUCAGCUUCCAUCCGCGCUGGAGGGAACGGAAGCAUAUAGUGAACGCCGCGACAGUCAAUGUAAAAGUUCCGCGACAACAUCAACGAGAAUGCCAGCUCCAUUAGCCUCAGCAACCCCUGCGAAUCUGGAAGCAUCUCCAGUUUUUUCUUCGAGCGCCAUUAACGCUCCUAUGGCUAUGGCGUUACAGUCGACAACAGCGAAUUCGGAGCACAAUGGAUCUCGCGGGUCGACGGUUAACGACCGCGAAGCACGACGCUUUUGUGAGCGGUACACAGUCCUUGAAGAGGUUCGCCCAGAUCUCGAGACUUCUGAUGGUGAGGCGCUACCUUUACCAGAGCCCGUCGAACUCGAUAUGCUCCCGCCAGAAGGCGCGGCUGCUGCCGGAGACUCUUCUACUUCCGUGAAUGUCGAGGUAGCAGGCGCAGUAGAUAUCGAUGCCGUUCCUGAUCAUACCAAGACCCAUGGGAGCAUCGCUGCUGGUAUUAGUAGCUCAUCCAGCGCUGCGCUUCGACCUUGUGGCGCUGCAUCUGGUGUCGCAGGAGAACACGACGGCUCCGGCAGCAUAGAAGACAGUGCGCGGAGCCGUGUAAGAGGUGGCUUUGACGAGGAGUCGAAUCCUGACGUGCACUGGAAAUUGAAGCAAAUAGAUGAGGCACGUGCGCGCAGAGAAAGCCGCGAACAGCGAGGUGCAAGAACAAUCGGGGAGUUCUCACUCUCGCUUACUGCACAACCAAGGACCGCAUGCAUCACUAGGCUAGCUGAACCGGAACCGCAGGACAUCAAAACCGCAGAGCCAGAGCCGGCCGAAGAAAAUAAAAUGAAUCUUCCGACAGCGUCUUUGAAGCGCCCACGCUCGGAAAUCGAAAGCGGAGAGGGCGCACUGACAGCGAAAGCCACUUCAUUGUCUUUUGGUGGGAAAGUCGCUGUCUCGGUCCUCUCUAAUACCGAUUUACAACGAGUGGCGAGGCCAAGGGUCGAGAGCGUCGAUGCUUCACGUCGUGGCCAGCGAUUCAGCUGCGUCAGCAGCAGAAGCAGCGAGAUCGAUACCACGAACAUCGACAGCGAUCUAUUUUUUUCGGAUGUCGCGUCUUUGCCUCCAGUGAACCCACUAGCAAAGAAGCUGAAGCAUGGUGUUUCGAUUGCGAAAGUAUCUUCAGGACCCAGGUCGCCCCUCCGUGGUGGCGUUGGUGCACGCGCAGCAAAUUCUACUGGUGGCAACAUCAUUCCACCAUCUCCCCGCAAACCUAGUAAAGGGGACGCGGCUCUCCUUCGAGUGGCCGGAAGGAAGAUGAAGGAGCAGAACAUGUCAACAUCUUCAUCAAGUGGUCAAGCGAAUCUUCAGAUGAAGAUAAAUUCCUCGCCUCGUUCUGGUAGUAAUGCAUCUCGUGGGCGGUCGACUGGUGAUGCUGCUUCGGCUGAUGCGACUGUUGCCGCUUCGACAUCUUCAGGACUUGCGGACUUUCAGAGAAAAAUGGACAGCCUAUUAGGAACUACUACUACUAGUGCAUCGCAGCAUGUCAACAAGCCUGAAGUUGUGUCAUCUGCAGGUCCGUCCUCGACCGCACCAGUAGUUCAAGGCAGAAGCAGUGGAACAGGCCCAGGCGGCGUUGCUCAUGGGGGCACACUUCGCAGCGCGCCGCAGCAUGGUGCUAGCUUUCAGCCAUUGCGUAAGCAGGUUGCGCAAACAAAUAAGUUGUUGGCACAUCAGGGAAAGAUGGAGGUGAUCAAGGCAAAGAGGGCUGCGCCUGCUGAGGCUUUGAGCCGGCGUACCAUACAGGCCAGACUUAAGAACGCUAUUAGCCAAAUGGGAAGCGGAGUUCCGUUGUCUGGCGCUGGCGGUUCAGGCAUGAUGGGCAAUAAGGCGUCUAGCCACCCUUGUUCUUCUCAUUCCACUUCCAGUGCGGGUGCGGCGCGACCUCUCACGGGUGGUUCGCGAGUGCUCGGCGGAGGAUGUUCGACGAAAAACAGUAUCCUGCGGCAGGCAGCAGAAGAACAGCAGCGGCAGCUCCAGCACCGAGGCAGGACUACAAAAGGAAGCGUGGUCGCGGACUAUGUUCAAGAGCAAAGUGAAACCAAGAACCAUGACCCCCACCAUCUUGACUCUUCUUCGAAGAUUCCGACAGUGAAGGAGCUGGAGGCUGCGUCACAGAAGAUUGCCGAUGUUUACAAUGCGUCACUUUUGCAAGCCACAACAGACGGACCCAGCGAACGCUUCAAGCUGCGAGAGUAUCGUAGGGAUCAGCUACAACAAGCAUCCGGUGUCCCUGCUCCCAUCCUUGCGUGGCUCGAGCGCCUAGACCAAAUUCGAAUUUGCGGGAACAUGGUCUUCUUCACUCUGAACAAGUCCAGCGCUGCGAUGCGCUCAUGA